GCACAGGCCGGCAGAAGACAGGGCUGCUCAGGCCCACGGGGGACUCCUCCUUCAGGGUUCUACUCCAGCUAGGUGCUCCUGUGGGCUCCAGGGUCUCCCAGCCCUCACCCCCUCUGCAGCAGCCAUGCAGAAAGCCCGGGGGACCCGGGGAGAACCUGUCAGCCCAAGGGCACCCCCUAGCCCAGGUGUGCCCCCAAAGAGGGCAAAGGUGGGGACUGGGGCUGGAGCUAGGACUGGGGCUGGAACCGGGGCUCGGGGAACAACAACAGGGGCCCCAGUCUUCCUUCGGCAGCUGAAGAACACAGCCGUUUUCUCUGGCCGGGAUGUGAGGCUGCAGGUGGUGGUGAGUGGGACGCCCCAGCCUGUCCUCAGCUGGUUCCGAGAUGGGGAUCCCCUUCCUGACCCAUCUCCGGACCCCAGCUGCCUCUGGCUCCGUGGCUGCAGGGCCCAGGAUGCAGGAGCAUACACCUGUACCGCCAAGAAUGAGCAGGGAAAAACCUCUUCUACCGGGGUGCUGACUGUGCUGGAGGUGGAAGACUCGGAGACUGGUGAAGAUGAUAUCAGUGAUGCUCAAGAGACACAGCGCCUGGAACUACAAGAUGAUGGGGCCUUCAGCACUCCCACAGGGGGUUCCAACACCCUGGUGGGUUCCUCCCUUGACACCCCUCCGACCUCCGUGACGGGAACCUCUGAGGAGCAGGCGAGCUGGUGGGGCAGCGGGCAGACGGUGUUGGAGCAGGAGGCGGGCGGCAGCGGUGGUGGCGGUAGUUCCCGCCGGCUCCCAGGCAGCCCAAGGCAAGCACAGGCAGCCGGGGCCGGGGCCGGGCCGCGGCACCUGGGGGUGGAGCCGCUGGUGCGGGCGUCUCGUGCUAAUCUGGUGGGCACAAGCUGGGGGUCAGAGGAUAGCCUUUCGGUGGCCAGUGACCUGUACGGCAGCGCAUUCAGCCUGUACAGAGGACGAGCUCUCUCUACACACGUCAGUGUGCUACAAAGUGGGAUUCGAAAAGAAGACCCUGACCCUCAGCCCCAGACUGCCAGUGAAGCUCCAAGACGGCCUGCCCAACCGCCUCCUUCCAAAUCGGCUCUACUCCCCCCACCCUCCCCGAGGGUGGGGAAACGGCCUCCCCCCGGGCCUGGUACACAGCCCCCUGCCACCCCCACCUUGCCCCAUAGGAAGCUUCAGGAACCAGGGGCACUGGACGAGUUGGAAGAGAAGAGGGGCAAGAAGCCCAAGUCAUCAGGACCCUCCCUGGCGGGCACCCUGGAGUCUCGCUCCCAGACCCCUCUGAGUGAAGCUUCAGGUCGGCUUUCUGGGGUGCGCUGCUCCCCACGGUUGGUGCGUGCUGGCUCCCGGAUCUUAGACAAGCUGCAGUUCUUUGAGGAACGUCGUCGAAGUCUGGAGAAGAGCGAUUCCCCGGUUCCUCUGAGGGCAUGGGUUCCCUUGCGGAAGGCGCGAUCCCUGGAUCAGCCAAAGGCCGAAGGUGGACAGUGGGACACCCCGGGGACCUCAAGGGAAGAGUUACGGGACGGGUCCCGGAGCGAGCUGGGCACUGUGGCAGAGAGGCGCUGGGCAUUUCGGCAGAAGGCAGCUUCACUGGAUGAGCGGGUCCGGCAGCGUAGCCCGAGCCCAGCCUCUGACCUAGAGCUCCGCUUUGCCCAGGAGCUGGGGCGCAUCCGCCGCUCGGCUUCCAGGGAGGAGUUAGUUCGAUCUCAUGAGUCCUUGCGGUCCACGUUGCAGAGGGCCCCAUCUCCCCGGGACCCAGGGGAGCCUCCCCUGUUCUCUAGCCCCUCCACCCCAAAGACUCCCCCACCAGAAAGCACCUCCACCAUCCAGCAGCUGGCCCUGAGCAGCGUGGGGAGGGUUGGAGAGGAGGCAGCAGGAAAGGGCUCCGGUGUGGCCAGGGCCCGAGGGCAGGCGGGCAGGACAGAGCUUGGUGAAGGCCACCAGCAAGAGGUUCGUCGGAGAGAACAGUUCCCACUUACUCGGGGGAGGGCUAUUCAGGAAUCCAGGAGCCCGGAGCCCCCCGAGCUCAGGACAAAAGCACAUCCAGGCCGGAAGCGGGACCCCCCAGUGCAGGCUGUACGCUUCCUACCCUGGGCCGUGCCUGAGCCAGAGGGGACUGCCAUCUCCCCAACCCCGGAAAAAAACCAGCCUGGGCCCGAGGCAGAGAAGAGACUGCGAAGAGGCCCCGAGGAGGAUGGUCCUUGGGGGGCCUGGGAUCGUCGAGCACCCCGUAGCAAGGGCAAAGGUCAUCAUCGGACACGGCCUACCUCACCUGACCUUGAGUCCUCGGAUGACUCCUAUGUCUCAGCUGGAGAGGAACCUUUGGAAGCUCCCAUCUUUGAGACGCCGCUGCAGAACGUGGUUGUGGCUCCAGGGUUUGACGCGAUGCUCAAAUGUAUCAUCACGGCCAAUCCCCCAGCCCAAGUGUCUUGGCAGAAGGAUGGAACAACUCUCCAGAACAGCGAGCGGGUCCUCAUCCGGGCUGAAGGGGAGCGGCACACUCUGCUGCUUCAGGAAGCCCGGUUGGCCGAUGCUGGUCACUAUACCGUCACCGCCACCAACGAGUUGGGCCAAGCCACCUGCAAUGCCUCUGUCUCUGUUGAACCCGGAGGGGCCACAUCCCCUUUCAGCAGCCCCAUCACAUCAGAUGAAGAGUAUUUGAGCCCUCCCGAGGAGUUCCCAGAACCAGAAGAGGCCUGGCACCGAACUUCUGCCAUGAAGCUCAGCCCCAGCCAGACUCAAAGCACCCCAGACACCAGCUCCAGGGCUCCCCCCAUCUUCAAGGUUUCACUAAUGGACCAGUCAGUAAGGGAAGGCCAGGAUGUGACCAUGAGCAUCCGAGUGCAGGGGGAGCCCAAACCUGUUGUCUCCUGGCUUCGUAAUCGCCAGCCUGUGCGCCCGGACCAAAGACGCUUCGCGGAGGAGGCGGAAGGUGGCCUGUGUCGGCUUCGGAUCCUGGCCGCGGAGCGUGGCGACGCCGGCUUCUACACCUGCAAGGCCGUGAAUGAAUAUGGCACCCGGCAGUGCGAGGCCAGACUGGAGGUCAGAGCGCACCCCGAAAGCCGGUCCUUGGCGGUGGUGGCCCCCCUGCAGGACGUGAACGUGGGGGCCGGGGAGAUGGCGCUCUUUGAGUGCCUGGUCACGGGUCCUACGGACGUGGAGGUGGACUGGCUGUGUCGGGGCCGGCUGCUGCAGCCUGCCCUCCUCAAGUGCAAGAUGCAUUUUGAUGGGAGGAAGUCCAAGCUGCUGCUCACAUCUGUGCACGAAGAUGAUAGCGGAGUCUACACCUGCAAGCUUAGCACAGCCAAAGAUGAGCUGACCUGCAGUGCCCGACUGACAGUCCGGCCCUCCCUGGCCCCAUUGUUCACGAGGAUGUUGGAGGACGUGGAAGUGUUGGAGGGCCGUGGAGCGCGGUUUGAUUGCAAGAUCAGUGGCUUGCCACCGCCCACCAUCACCUGGACUCAUUUUGGUAACCCCGUGGAGGAGAACGAGAAUGUGAGGCUGCGGCAUGAGGGGGGCCUCCAUUCCCUGCUCAUAGCCCACGUGGGCACUGAGGAUGAAGGUCUGUACGAAGUCAGCGCCUCCAACAUUCACGGCCAGGCCAACUGCUCUGCCCAGCUCUACGUAGAAGAACCCCGCUCGUCCACCUCGGGGCCCAGCUCCAAGCUGGAGAAGAUGCCUUCCAUCCCUGAGGAACCUGAGCAGGGAGAACUGGAGCGGCUGUCCAUGCCAGAUUUCCUCAGGCCCCUGAUGGACCUGGAAGUGGGGCUGGCCAAGGAGGCUGUGCUGGAGUGCCAGGUGACCGGGCUGCCCUACCCCACCAUCAGCUGGUUCCACAAUGGUCAGCGCAUCCAGAGUUCGGACGAUCGGCGAAUGACACAGUACAGGGAUGUACAUCGACUGGUGUUUCCCAUGGUGGGGCCACAGCAUGCUGGGGUCUACAAGAGUGUCAUCGCUAACAAGUUGGGCAAGGCUGCCUGUUACGCCCAUCUCUAUGUCACAGAUCUAGUUCCCGGUCCUCCUGAUGGGCCCCCGCAAGUUGUGACUGUGACUGGGAGAAUGGUUAUGCUCAAAUGGAACCCUCCUAGAAGUGUCGACAUGGCCAUUGAUCCCGACACUCUGACUUACACAGUGCAGCACCAAGUGGUAGGUUCAGGCCAGUGGACGGCUCUGGCCACUGGCCUAAGGGAGCCAAGCUGGGCAGCCAUGGGACUGCGCAAAGGGGCGCAACACAUCUUCCGAGUCCUCAGCACCACAGUGAAGAGCAGCAGCAAGCCUUCCCCGGCCUCCGAACCUGUGCAGCUGCUGGAACGGGGCCCGGUCCUGGAGGAGGCCCCUGUUGUGCUGGACAAGCCAGACGUGGUGUAUGUGGUAGAGGGCCAGCCGGUCAGUGUCACUGUCACCUUCAACCACGUGGAAGCCCAAGUUGUCUGGAGGAGCUGUCGAGGGGCACUGCUGGAGGCCCGCGCGGGCAUGUACGAGCUGAGCCAGCCAGACGACGACCAGUACUGUCUGCGCAUCUGCCACGUGAAUCGGCGGGACGUGGGGCCCCUCAGCUGCACAGCGCGGAACCGGCACGGCACCCAGGCUUGCUCCGUCACGCUGGAACUCGCAGAGGCGCCACGGUUCGAGUCCAUCAUGGAGGACGUGGAGGUUGGCGCUGGAGAGACGGCUCGUUUCGCCGUCGUGGUGGAAGGGAAGCCGCUGCCCGAUAUCAUGUGGUACAAGGAGGAGGCCCUGUUGGAGGAGAGCAGCCACGUGAGCUUUGUGUACGAGGAAAGCGAGUGCUCCUUGGUUGUGCUGAGCACGGGACCCCAAGACGGCGGCGUCUAUACCUGCACGGCCCGCAACCUGGCAGGGGAAGUGUCUUGCAAGGCUGAGCUUGCCAUUCGAACAGCUCAGACAUCCAUGGAGAUUGAGGGAGCCGGGGAAGAUGCAGAGCUGCGGGGACGGAGGCUCAGUGACUUUUAUGAUAUCCAUCAGGAGAUCGGCAGAGGCGCCUUCUCCUACCUCCGUCGGGUGGUGGAGCGGAGUUCCGGCCUCGAGUUUGCUGCCAAGUUCAUCCCAAGCCAGGCCAAGCCCAAGGCUUCUGCGCGUCGGGAGGCCGGGCUGUUGUCCCGGCUCCAGCACGACUGUGUCAUCUACUUCCAUGAAGCCUUUGAGAGGCGGCGGGGACUCGUGAUUGUCACCGAGCUCUGCACUGAAGAGCUUCUAGAAAGAAUGGCCAGGAAACCAACCGUGUGUGAGUCUGAGAUCCGGACCUAUGUGAGGCAGGUGUUGGAGGGACUCGCUUACCUUCACCAGAGCCAUGUGCUGCACCUGGAUAUCAAGCCGGAGAACCUGCUGGUGUGUGAUGGGGCUGGGGGCUCAGAGCAAGUGCGGAUCUGUGACUUUGGCAACGCCCAGGAGCUAACGCCAGAUGAGCCCCAGUACUGCCAGUACGGCACCCCUGAAUUCGUGGGGCCCGAGAUCGUCAACCAGACGCCCGUGUCCGGCGUCACCGAUGUGUGGCCUGUCGGUGUGGUUGCCUUCCUCUGUCUGACCGGGAUCUCGCCCUUUGUUGGGGAGAAUGACCGGACCACGCUGAUGAACAUCCACAACUACAACGUGGCCUUUGAGGAGACGACGUUCCUCAGUCUGAGCCGAGAGGCCCGAGGCUUCCUCAUUAAAGUUCUAGUUCGAGACCGGCUGCGACCCACAGCUGAGGAAACCUUGGAGCAUCCUUGGUUUAAGGCAACGGAAAAGGGUGCGGAUAUCAGCACUGACCACCUGAAGCUGUUCCUGUCUCGAAGGAGGUGGCAGCGUUCCCAGAUCAGCUACAAGUGCCAUCUGGUGCUGCGCCCGAUCCCAGAAUUGCUGCGGGCUCCCCCCGAGCGGGUGUGGGUGGCAGUGCCUCGGCGCCCACCCCCAGGGGGACUUUCAUCUUCCUCAGACUCCGAAGAGGAGGAGCUGGAGGAACUGCCCUCCGUGCCCCGGCCGCUGCUGCCCGAGUUCUCUGGCUCGCGCGUCUCUCUCACUGACAUCCCCACUGAGGACGAUGCCUCUGGGGCUGCCGACGCUAGGGAUUCCGCCCCCAUGGACUGGCAGGAGCAGGGGGGGGCCCCCUCGGGAGACAGUCGUGCUCCUGGCUCUCAGGCACUCCCCUCCCCAGGCCCCCAGCCCCCCAAGAUGGCUGCCGCCCGGCGGGGGGAGCUGCGCAGGGGCAGCUCGGCCGAGAGCGCCUUGCCCGGGGCAGGGCUGCGGGAGCCGGGCCGGGGGCUGCAGAAGGCGGCCUCUGUAGACCUGCCCCAGCGCCGCAGCCCUAGCCCGGGGGCCGCCCACCUGGCACGGGGCGGCCUGGGGGAGGGAGAGUACGCCCAGAGGCUCCAGGCCCUGCGGCAGAGGCUCCUUCGGGUAGGCCCUGAUGACGGCAAGGUCAGCGGUCUCAGGGGCCCUCUGCUAGAGAGCCUGGGGGGUGGAGGAAGGGCCCGCGAUCCCCGGCUGGCACGGGCCGCCUCCAGUGAGGCGGCCCCCCGACACCCACUGCCCCCCGAGGCCCGCAGCCUUCAGAAAAGCAGUAGUUUUUCCCAGGGGGAGGCAGAACCCAGGGGGAGGCCGAGGGCUGGAGCCCCCCUGGAGAUCCCCGUGGCCCGGCUGGGGGCCCGGAGGUUGCAGGAGUCGCCUUCCCUGUCUGCCCUCAGCGAAGCUCAGCCUCAUAGCCCUGCCAAACCCAUCCCUGCCAAGCUAUCUCCUGCAAAACCUGCCUCCCCUGGGCCCACCGAGCAGCCCGUGGCUUCCUCCAGGGGCUCCCCCCGGCCAGGGCCCCCCAAGACUGCCCGAGAAGAGCCAGGCUCCAAGGCAGGGCCUUCCAGGACCCUAGAACCCCCAAAGGCAGCUGUGGUCUCCCCAGUCCCAGAGACCCCCCUUACCCCUUAUGCCCAGAUCAUCCAGUCUCUCCAACUGCCCGGCACCCCAAAGAUCGUCCUGGGCCCCCCGCCCGAGCCCAAGCCCCACGCGGCUGUCUUUGCCAAGGUGGCUUCCUCACAUCCUGGGAAGCAAGGGCCGGGACUCAAGGCGCUCAGCCCUCCUCCCGGGGAGAAGGCAGGGGGCCCCCCGAGGCCUGCCAGCUCGGACAGGAGCUUAAGCAGCAUUGAAAAUCUGGACUCGGAGGAAGUGUUUGAAGCGAAAUUCAAGAAGAGCCGCCAGUCUCCCCUGGCUCGGAGGCUGCGGAUGCUGAGCCGCUCUCAGUCCGAGGAGCGCGGCCCUUUCCGGGGAUCGGAGGAGGAAGACGGCAUGUACAGGCCCAGCCCGGCCGGGACCCCCCUGGAGCUGGUGAAGCGGCCGGAGCGCUCCCGCUCCGUACAGGACCUUCGUGGGGCCGGGGGCGCCGGGGAGAUGGGGCUGGUCCGGCGCCUCUCCCUGUCCCUGUCCCAGAGGCUGCGUCGGACACCCCCCUCCCAACGUCACCCGUCCUGGGGGUCCCCCCGGGCCGGGGACGGGGAGAGCUCCGAAGGGGGCGACUCGGCCAAGGGGUCCCCGGUGCUGGCGGUCCGGAGGAAGCUCAGCGCCACUCUGGAGCGGCUCUCGGGGCGUCUGCACCGCAGCGGCAGCAGCGAGGAUUCGGGGGGCCGCUCGGGGGGGAGCACCCCGCUGCUGGGCCGGCUGCGCAGGGCCACGUCCGAGGGGGAGAGCCUGCGGCGCCUCGGCCUGCCCCACAACCAGCUGUCGGCCCAGGCGGGCGCGGCCACGCCCUCGGCGGAGUCCCUGGGCUCCGAGGCCAGCGCCAACUCGGCCUCUUCAGGUCCCGGGGAAGGCCGGACCCGGUCCCGCUGGGACCGCUGGGGCCUGUCAAGGUCACGGAAGGACAAAGGGUCAUCGCAGCCCAACCUCCCAGCCAGCGUCCAGGAGGAUUCCAGUCUGGGCUACGAAUAUGUGCGCAGUGAGUCAGAUUUCCCUCCUGUCUUUCAUAUCAAGCUGAAGGACCAGGUGCUGCUGGAGGGGGAGGCAGCCACUCUCCUGUGCCUCCCAGCAGCCUGCCCUGCACCCCAUAUUUCCUGGACAAAAGACAAACAGUCCCUUCGGUCCGAGCCGUCGGUGACCAUAGUCUCCUGCAAAGACGGGCGGCAGCUGCUGACCAUCCCUCGCGCCGGGAAGCGCCACGCGGGGCUGUACGAGUGCUCUGCCCGCAACGCCUUGGGCAGCGCGACCAGCUCCUGCACCCUGGCUGUGGCCCGCCUCCCAGGCAAGCUGGCCCCCCCUGAAGUUCCCCAGAAAUACCAGGAUACAGCCUUGGUGGUGUGGAAGCCCGGAGACAGUCGAGCCCCUUGUACAUACACGUUAGAGCAGCGGAUAGAUGGGGAAUCCAUAUGGCGCUGCGUGAGCUCGGGCAUCUCUGACUGCUACUACAACGUGACCCAACUGCCUCCCGGCAUGACCGUGAGGUUUCGAGUGGCCUGUGCCAACCGAGCUGGGCAGGGGCCCUUCAGCAAUGCUUCCGAGAGGGUCUUUGUGGGGAAAGUCAGAGAUACCCCAGUUUCAAAAUCUACCACUCAACAAGAAAUUCCUAUUACCUCAGCUGGGACCCCCAUUCCUUCCACUCCUACCUCACCUGUCUCUCCCCCAGCCCCGGCCCCUGCGGCUUCCCCAGCCCCUGCAGCUUCCCCAGCCUCUCCAGCCCCCGCCUCCCCAGCCCCAGCCACACCAGAGCCUGCCACCUCAGCCCCAGCCUCUCCAGUCUCUCCAGCCCCUGUUUCUGAGCCCACAUCUACCUUGGCUCCAGCCUCUCCACAGCCUCCCCCUUCAGCCCCAACCUCCCCCUCCUCCCCAACGCCAUCUCACCUCAAGGCUGUCGGCCCACCUCCCCCCACUCCCCCACGAAAGCACAGGGGUCUGCUGGCUGCUCGGCAAGCAGAGCUCACCCCCCGCAGUGAUCCACCUCCUCCCGGUGGGCCUGAGUCUCUUGCCUCCAACACAAAAGCCCCCUCCCCUAGCGCUCCUGAGACUAAGCCAACCUCCUCCCCUGCCCCGAUGUAUAUGGUGACUUCUUUUGUGUCCGAACCCCCUACCCCUGAGCCCCAGGCCCCCGAACCUACCCCCAGCCCCACUAAGGUGACCGUACGCAGCCUCAGCCCAGCCAAGGAGAGGGUCGGCUCUCCGGGGAGGGGGUCGCCCAGCUCCCCUGGCUCGGAGGGCACCGGCCUUCGUCAGGGACCUCCCCAGAAGCCCUACACCUUCCUGGAGGAAAAGGCCAGGGGGCGUUUUGGUGUGGUGAGGGCUUGCCGGGAGAACGCCACGGGCCGGUCAUUCGUGGCCAAGAUCAUCCCCUACGUGGCGGAGGGGAAGCAGCGAGUGCUCCAGGAGUAUGAAGUCCUGCGCUCGCUCCACCACGAGCGGCUCAUGUCCCUGCAUGAGGCGUACAUCACCCCCCGCUACCUCGUGCUCAUUGCGGAGAGCUGCGGGAACCGCGAGCUGCUCUGCGGACUCAGCGAACGGUUUCGGUACUCCGAGGACGACGUGGCCACCUAUGUGGUCCAGCUGCUGCAGGGCCUGGAAUACCUGCACGACCACCACGUGCUGCACCUGGACAUCAAGCCAGACAACCUGCUGCUCGCACAAGACAAUGCUCUCAAGAUCGUGGACUUCGGCAGUGCCCAGCCCUACAGCCCCCAGGCCCUGCAGCCCCUGGGGCACCGCACGGGCACGCUGGAGUACAUGGCUCCCGAGAUGGUGAAAGGAGAACCCAUCGGCUCUGCCACGGACAUCUGGGGCGUCGGUGUGCUCACCUACAUCAUGCUCAGUGGACACUCCCCAUUUUAUGAGCCAGAUCCCCGGGAGACGGAAGCCCGGAUUGUUGGGGGCCGCUUUGAUGCCUUCCUGUUGUACCCCAAUACCUCUCAGAGUGCGGCCCUCUUUCUGCGCAAGGUCCUUUCUGUGCACCCCUGGAGCCGGCCUUCUCUGCAGGACUGCCUGGCGCAUCCCUGGCUUCAGGACGCCUACCUGAUGAAGCUCCGGCGCCAGACGCUGACCUUUACCACCAACAGGCUGAAGGAAUUCCUGGGGGAACAGAAACGGCGACGGGCAGAGGCCGCCACCCGCCACAAGGUGCUGCUACGCUCCUAUCCCGGCAGCCCUUAGCCUUCCGGACCCGAUCCCUGGCCUCCCGGACCUCGGACGUCCCGGACCCUGCCCUCUGGGGUCCCCGCAGGCCGGCUCCUGGGCCCCCUGCCCUCGCAUACGGGACAUUCCAGGGGCUUCCGGCAGCACUGGGGUGGGGGGAGGCGGAGAGGCCGCAGGAGCCCGGACACCACCAGCAACAGCCAACCAGGGGGCAUUACCUCACGGACCCACGGGCCACGGGAGCCCCGGGAAGCAACGGCCCCGCCUGGGGGGUGGCAAGCUUCAACCAGGCUGAAGAACUGAGGGAGGGAGAUGAGGGACACGGAGAGAGGGGGCAAAGAGGACGAGGACUCGGGUGUGGGAGGGAAGGGGCAGAGAGAGAAAUGAUAAAAGGAGGGCACGGAGGCAGUCGUUUGUUGGACGGAGGGCUCCUGGGGGGGAGAUCAAGGAGACUCGUGAGCAGGAGGGUGUGAGCACUAGUACUGAAGGGAAGGAAGUGCAGGAACAGGGAAGGAGACAGCCAGCAUCACGGGCCGAUGGCGUGGGGGCCAUCAGCGGAGGGGAUGAUAAACCAGAAAGGGCCGGAGCAAAAGCGGUGGUCGUAGGCCAUCAGUCAGGUGGGUGAGGACGGGGUGUGGCACCGGGGGCACGGGGCCGCAGAUCCGCCGAGACGGUGCAUCCCAGACAAGGAGAUUCAAGGACCGGUUAGCCUGGAGGUUGGGAAUCAGUAAGAGAAGAGGCUAGAGAGGUCAUUCUUCCUUUGCCCUCCUCUCUCUGCCUAAUGGGGGGAAGGGGGUCUUGCCCUUGACCUCUCAACUUGUGGCCCAAGGCUUCUUGCCCUGGGUCUGAAAUGGUCCCACCACCUUCCUCCUCCCUCCCGCCAAUCCUCAAAGCCUUUGCCCUCACCACCCUCAUAUUUAUUUAUUUAUUGACUUUUGUGAAGUUUUCCCGCCCUCUCUCCAUCACCCAAUCCCUACCUCCAGUGUUGUCCUGAGCCCUGCCUAUCUCUCCAUACUCCAUCUGUCUGUCUGUCCCAGGGCCAAUAAAAACAACAAGCACCAGGGA